GCUCAGAUAAGCCUAUCUGACCGCAGGGCAUGAAUCACUGCCUAUUAUUAUUGCAUUCGGCAGGAUAAUAUGACCAGUUUUACUCUGACUGUGAGGUAAAGUGGACUUAUUGGAUAUUCAUUACGUCAUUUAAGCCACAAUGGCGCCACUAUCGCUCAAGAUAGUCCUCGACGAGGGCGCUGUAACCCGGACCCUCAUGUUUGAUACUACUACCAACAUCCAGGAGGCACACAGGAUCGUCCGGGAUAAGAUACUUACUUUAGACCCCAAUAAAGACUACGGGUUCUUCCUGACAUCAGUGGAAGACGACACCAGCGGGGUGUGGCUGCUGGAGAACAAGUCUCUGGAGUACUACAUGCUGCGGGACGGAGACUCGCUGUUCUACCUGCCGAAGCUGAGGAACCUUAAAGUGCGGAUGUUGGAUGGUGCCGUUAAGACGCUACAAGUCGACGAAUCGCAAAAAAUCGAGGAGCUGAUGGUGGUCAUCUGCCAGAGGAUCGGGACAGCCAACCACGAGGAAUAUGGACUUUGCCGCGAAAAUUAUGAGCUGGAAGCAGACACGACCAAGCCGGCGACGGGCACGCUGACUCUGAAAAAGAAGGAUUUGCAGAAGAAGAAGGAUGCCCUACUUGAGCAGAUGAGCAAGAAACUGAAGACAGAUGACAACGUGGAAUGGCUUGACCAGCGCAAAACCCUGCGCGAGCUGCAGGUAGACCCCAAGGAGACGCUGCUGUUCAAGCGGCGCCUGUACUACAGCGACCACAACGUCAGCUCCCGGGACCCGGUGCAGCUCAACUUGCUGUAUGUGCAGACUAGGGAAGCUAUACUGGAAGGGAGACAGGUGGUCACGGAAGACAAAGCCGUCGAAUUCGCCGGAAUCCAAUGUCAGAUUCAGUUUGGAGACUUUCAGGAGAAGAAACACAAGCCUGGCUUUAUUGAGAAUUUGAAGGAGUUCCUGCCAGAACAAAACGCAUGCUCGUGGGGCAUAGAGAAGAAGAUAAUCAAGAUGCACCAGAAGUACGUCGGGCUGAGCCACGUGGACGCCAAGCAUCUGUACACGAAGACGGCCAGGGAGCUGCCCACGUAUGGUGUUACGUUCUUCUUGGUGAAAGAGCAGCAAAAAGGCAAGAAGAAGCUAGUACCUCGCCUGCUGGGCAUCAAUUCGGAGUCAAUCCUGCGUCUACACGAAGAGACGAAGGAAAUCCUCCAGGUCUGGCCGCUCACACAGGUCAAGAGCUACACUGCAGGAAGCGAAUCGUUUACCCUGAAUUUUGGUGAUUAUAGCGACAAGAGUUACGUAGUGAAGACCAACGAAGCUACGCGCAUCAAAGACAUCCUGGAAGGCUACAUCGACAUCAUCCGUAAGAAGCUGGCCAAGCCGUUCAACGUGAAACAUGAUGUAGGAGAGGCUAUGUGUGAAGACAUGGUGGAAUUAUCCAAGGCCACUACGAUCCAGGCGGUUGUACCGUCGAAGAUAGUGCAAACGUCUUUUGUAGGCCCGAGUCAAAUCAUUUCUGUAAAUCAAGGUCAAUGUGCUCAAGGCCAGGGAACCCAAAUUGUGACUGUACGACAAGUUAUAACAAGCAUGAGACGAGACACAAGUCAACAACCUAUGAAAGGAGAAAUAGGCAAUAUGGAAUUUGGAAAGAGACUCAACCAAUUUCAUUCUGAAUGUGUAAAGACUGUGAUUCUGUUGUCAAUUCCUACGGCAGAAAAUCUUCAGCAAGCAAGGAAAAUUACAAAUGAUUUAGACGAUGGCAUGCCUUGUAUACAAAGAGGUAUCAGAGAAGUAGCUGAAACACUACACGGUGAUGCAUCACAGAAGCUUCUAGAUGAACUAGACGAAUUAUGCAAUUAUAUGAAUACAUUAGUCGAUACAACUCAAAAUAGUGAUCUUAACAAUCCUGACAACCUGUCGACAGCGCAAGAUGCUGCUAAAAAGGUUGCAGAACUAUCCACCCAGAUGUGCUUUGCUGUGGACCCGAAAAUAAAAAGACGAAGCACGCUAUUGAAGCGGUCGCGCGACAGCUUCAUCCAAGAUGAACAAACUGAAGCGACGCUUCGACGAGCUUCAUUCCUCUGCGCUACCGACAAAGCCAGCCAAGCGUUAGAAGAAGCACACGAAGAGUUAGAUCAAAUUUAUAACGGUCCGAUUUUAAGUGAUGAUGAAUUGAAAAAGCUUGAAAGCAAAGCGGUUGACAGAAUGGGGAAAUUAAAUGCAGCCAUAGCAUUACUUUUGAAUGCCCAUGCAGAUCCAAAGAACAUAGACUAUGAAAUGGCGGUCAACUCAAUGAAGACCAUCAAUGAAAUAAUGCCAAAGUUUGUCAAAGAUACAAAACCUUUAACCGGUUACGGGGACAGUAGUUCUGGAAGGGCUUUACGAGAACAAAUAGGAAACCUUCUAAAUCGCACUAGCACUAUCUGCAAGUUAACAGGGACUCAUGAUGUUCAGAAAAUGCAAUUCGAGGGCGAUGACUACGCAGAUGUAGCCAACAAACUCAUCUUUACAUUCAGCAGAUCACGCAAGCCUGGUGGUAAUAUGCACGAUGAAGAGAACAAGAUAACAGCCCAUUGCAAGGACAUUGAAGAAAAGGCUUCCGUGCUACUAUCGGACGCCAAGGAAUUGACUGGGCUAGAGCUGAACGAUCCUCGGAGGAUCGACGUGGACGCCGCAGCGCUGAAUUGCUCCGAUGCUGUUAAAUCUCUCAUAACAUGUGCGAAGCUGACAGCAUCUUCGCUCCACGAGCCUCAUUGCCAAAGCGCGUUAAGCGCAGCAGUUGAGAACGUGUCAUCGUCUACGCAGAACCUGCUGACGGUCAGCAAGCCCCUCGUAGAGAAACCGAACCGGCACCACAUUGCACACAAGUUGAACGACGGGUCAUUGAACUUAAGUAAAGCUUUGGACAGAUUGAAGGACUACUACUCAAACAUAAAUGGAACAAAAAUAGAAGAAAUGGACAUUACCGAAGAACCCCAUAAACAAGAUCGACUGAAGUUCAUAAGAACUGUAGCAGCAGCUAAGACUGCAAUUACGGAUGCUGACAAAGAGUUGUUAGCGAUGAAGAAUACACCAGUGUCUAUGGCGUCAAAACCAAACAGCCGAAAUUCAGAAGCCAAACGACUUCUCUCACAAAAGCUAGCUCAACUCAAUGCUGCGAUAGCAUGUUUACUAUAUGCUACUGCAGAUCAAGCAAACCCUGAUUACGAUGCAGCUGAAGCUGCUACCAGAUUAAUAAGUGAAUUAACUCCUGAUAUAAUUAAAGAUACAAAAUCCAUGCAAGGUACAGUUGAUCCAAAUUCAUGGAAUGAAAUUGUGUCAACUCUGAAAGACAUGUUAGAAGCGACCCACGGCAUUUGUGUAAACGCUGAGAAUAAGGAAAUACAGGAACUAAAUCAAAAUGCAUCCAGAUUUGCCAAUCCUUCAGGAAAAUUAAUAUAUGUAUUAAAUCGUCGUAAAAACCCCAACAAGGAAAAAGAGAUUAUAGAUUUAUCUAAAGCAGUCCUCCAAGACACUAGUGAAAUGCUUGCGAAUGUCUACCGCCUUGCUGAAACGAUUGGUGGAAAAGACGGUGACGACUUGGACAAUGCUGGAGUUAAGGUUGUAGAUGCGGCACAGCUAAUGCUCAGAACUGCUGAGAUAACGGCACCAACUAUAUCAGAGCCACAUUGUAAGGAAACUCUAUUGAAAGCAAUCGAUUCGCUCUCCGAACAAAAGCGUAUGAUUGAGCGCGCGUGGAAGCCUUUCAUACAAUCAUCUGAUUUUUGUCAAAUUGGGGACGAUCUUUACCGUGAUUUGAAUUUGCUAAAAAACGGACUGACAAAACUACGUAGAGCCUGUCAAGAGAGUCCUGAUGAAAGUGAUGUAAUACCUGUUGAAACAAGUGAGAAUGAGCAGCAAAAAAUACAAAGACUUAAAUUCAUUGCGUCAAAAACAGUUGCCAGAAAUGCUCUGACCGACGCUGAUAAACAUUUAGAUGAUAUAAUGAACAAGCCCAAUGACAAGAAUUUUGACAAGGAAAAUAAUGAUGUAAAUCUUGAAGUUCCACGUCGUAUCGCUGAUAAACUCGCUGAGUUGAAUGCAGCAAUUGCAAAGUUUUUGCAAUAUAAUUUGGAUAAACAUAAUCCAGAUUACCAAAAUGCGCAAAUGGCAAUAAAUGAAAUUUGUAAAUUGACACCAGAGGUAAUAAGAGAUACCGAAUGUAUGCGUGGACAUGUGGACGAUAAUUCAUGGAAUGACAUACUAGAACAUCUUAGAGCAAUUUUAGAUGCAACACAAGGCAUUUGUUCUGAUUCACCAGAGGGUGAUGCGAAGGAAUUGAAUGACGCGGCAUCGAAGUUCGCAAAAUCUUCUGCCAAGCUGACUUACAUAUUCAACCCUCGCAAAAAUCCUAAGAAAGAGGAACAGAUUGCAGAUAAAGCAACAUCAGCGGUCGAGGAAACCUCUCAGUUGUUGUCUUACGUGUACCAACUUGCGGAAUCGGUUGGAGGGGAUAACGGAAACAAGAUGGACGACGCUGGAGCUCGUAUUGUUGAUACAGCAGAACAAUUAGUAAAGACUGCUGAGAUUACAGCUUCAAGCAUUAACAAUAAACAUUGUCGAGACACUCUACUAUCAGCCAUCAACCGCCUUUUAGGUGAAUUACAAGAUUUAGAAAAAUCAUGGACACCUUUUGUAAACGAACCAAAACAUCGUAAAAUUGGAAAUCAACUGAAACACGAAUUAAAAUCAGUUCAAAUGGCUCUUAACAAUUUAAAAGAUGUGUGUCAAGAAUCUUCUGAAAAUGAUAACUCUGAAUCUUCUGAGGUAACAAGCGAAAUGCAAGAAAGAAAUAAACUCAAGUUUAUUACUUCAAAAUCAUCUCUUAUACAUACUCUGACGGAUGCUGAUAACCUAUUGGAUGAUUUAAUAAACAAGCCUGUUAGACAGAAAUCCAAGGAUGACAUAACUAAGACAUUGCCUGAAGUGCGUCGACGUUUGUUAGAAAAAUUAGCCGAGUUGAAUGCAACUAUUGCAUCUUUAUUGCAAGCUUGUUCUGAUUAUGAUAAUCCUGAUUAUAUCAAUGCAGAAAUGGCAAUCAAUAAUAUUAUUAAUAUAAUUCCAGCCAUAAUAAAGGAUACGGAACAAUUACAUGGAACUACAGAGGAUAAAUCAUGGAAAGAAAUAACAGACCAACUGAAAUCUGUACUAGAUGCAACACGAGAUGUUUGUUCUAACUCUACAGAGGGCGAUGUUAAGGAAAUGUAUGAUGCAGCAUCUAAGUAUGCAAAGUCUUCUGGGAAACUAACUUAUAUUUUCAACCCUCGCAAAAACCCUAAAAGAGAGGGACAGAUAUUACAAUUGGCAAGAUCAGCGGUCGAAGAAUCAUCACAAAUGUUGUCCGAUGUGUACCAACUUGCGGAAUCGGUUGGAGGCGAGGAUGGCAACAAGCUGGAUGACGCUGGAGUUAAGGUUGUUGAUGUUGUACAACAACUACUGAAGACUGCUGAGAUAACUGCUCCAAGUAUCGCUGACACCCGCUGUCGUGAUGCUCUCCUCUCAGCAAUCGACCGCCUUUCUAGACAACUACGUGAUCUAGAAAAUUCAUGGAAGCCAGUAGUAGAUAAACCUAAACAUCGUCAAAUUGAAAAUCAGCUUAAGGAUGAAUUGAAAUCAUUAAAAACAGUGUUAGACAAUUUAAGACAGGCUUGCCUGUAUGAUGAUGAUGGCAAAUCUAUGUCUUCUGAAACGCAAGUAGCAAAAACACACAAGUUUAUGGAUUCAAAAUCAGCUGUUAUAAAAGCACUAAAAGAAGCCGACACACAUUUAGAUGAGUUAAUGAAAAAGCCUGUAUCAAAGAAAACCAAAAGUGAUAUUGUUAACACAGAUCCAAAAGUUCAACAUCAUAUAUCUAAAAAACUAGCAGAGUUAAAUGCUGAAAUUACAUCGUUGAUGCAAGCCAGUUCUAAUCAUAAUAAUAAGUCCGACUAUGACAUUGCUGAAACAGCAAUCAAUAACGUUUGCAAAUUAACUCCAGCUUUAAUUAAAGAUACAGAAUAUUUACAUGAAAAUGUAGAAGAUAAGGCAUGGAAAGAAAUAGCAGAUCACCUCAAAUCUUUACUAGUUGCAACACAGGAAAUGUGUUCUCAUUCUCUACAAGGCGAUGCUAAGGAAAUGUAUGAUAUCGCAUCCAAAUUUGCAAAAUCUUCUGGAAAGCUAACCUACAUUUUUAACCGUCAUAAAAAUCCCAAGACAGAGAAACAGAUUUUGGACACGGCAAAAUCGGCUGUGGAAGAAACAUCUCAGUUGUUGUCCAACGUGUACCAACUUGCGGAGUCGGCUGGAGGUGAGGAUGGCAACAAAUUAGAUGACGAUGGAGUCAAGGUCGUUGAUGCUGCACAACAACUACUGAAGACUGCUGAGAUUACAUCUCCAACCCUUGAAGAUGUGCGAUGUCGGGGUAAUCUCCUCUCAGCAAUCGACCGUCUUUCUGCCCAAAUACGUGAUUUGGAAAAUACGUGGAAACCUUUCGUGGAUAAAUAUAAACAAAGAGAAAUUGGAAAUCAGCUUAGCCAAAAUAUCAAAUCUGUUGAAAUGGUACUGGACAAUUUAAGGAAUGCAUGCCAGGAUGGAAAUCGUUUGUCUACUAAUCCUGAUAUGCCAGAAACUAAAAAACUGAAAUUUAUUGCUACAAAAUCCACGGCUAACAAUGUACUGAGUGAAGCUGAUAAACAAUUAAAAGAAUUAGUGAAAAAACCAGUAUUGAAGAAAUCCAAGAACAGCACUGCCUCUUCAAACCCAGAAGUUCAAUAUCGUAUGUCACAAAAAAUUGCAGAUUUGAACGCAGCAAUAGUGACUUUGUUACAAACUACUUCGGAUCACGAUUAUCCUGACUAUGAUAAUGCUCAAAUCGCAGUCGAUAAUAUUUGUAAAUUAACUCCAGCCAUAAUAAAUGAUACAAAGUGUUUGCGUGAAUCUAUGGACGAUGAGACAUGGAAAGGAGUAGCAGAAAAUCUAGAAGGAAUUCUAAAUGAAACACAAAGAUUUUUAUCAAAUUCCGAUAAGAGAGAUGUUAAGGAAAUGAAUGAUGCAGUUUCCAAAUUCACCAAAUCUUCUGGCAGUUUAAUAUACACCUUCAACCCUCAUACAAACCCCAAAAAACAGGAGCAGAUUUCAGUAUUAUCACGAUCUGCUGUGGAACAAAUUUCCCGGAUGUUGUCUCACACGUAUCAGUUUGCGGAAUCAGUCGGAGGAGAUGGCCAGAAGGUUGAUGAAGUUGGAAAAAGAGUUGUACAUUCGGCACAACAAUUGCUUAAAACUGCUGAGGUAACAGCAUCAAGUAUCGCAAACGCUAGCUGCAGAACAGCUUUAUUAGCAGCGAUCCAACGACUUUCUGAUCAGUUAAUGAAAAUGGAGGAUUCGUGGAAACCAUUGAUAAAGUCACCAGAACAUCAGCGGACGGCAGACAAACUGAGUCGCGAUUUGAAUUUAGUUCAAAUCGCCUUGGAUAAAUUGAAGGAAGCUUGUGAAGAUACUAACGGUACUUCCAUAAUAAAACACCCGGAGACACAACGGCUCAUGUUCAUAGCUACAGCCCUGACUGCUGCUAAGACAAUGGCCGAAGCAGAGAAAGCAUUGAGAGACAACACACCAGUGAAACCAUUAGAUAAAUCGGAACUGCCAGCGAUGAAACGGUCUCUGUCACAAAGACUGGCGCGUCUUAAUUCCACCAUAGCGUCCCUAGUUAUGGCUACCGCAGAUGAAGAUAAACCAGAUUACAACACUGCAACUCGCUCCAUCGAUACCAUAGCUAGUAUCACACCAACUAUAAUAAAAGAUGUGAAAUCAAUUAAAACUGACAUCGAUCAAAACUCUUGGAAGAUUAUUGAUGAAAAUCUUAAUGACGUUGUUGUAACGACCCGACAAAUUUGUAGACACGUUGAAGAUAAUAAUUCUAAGGAGCUAAAAGAAGCAGCGUUCAGAUGUGCAAAGUCUGUAGGUCGAUUGAGUUACAUUUUUAGUCCCACUUCGAAUACAAGAAAAGAAAAUCAGAUAUUGGACCUAUCAAGAGAAGCAUCCGAACAGACCUCUCUGAUGAUGUCGGCCGUGCACCAACUAGCCGACAAAGUGGGAGGAGAUACCGGCAAGCAGUUACACGACUCCAGAGUUCUAGUUGUUAAGUCUUCUAAAAUACUGCAAAAGACAGCUGAGAUAUUGGCGCCAACUAUAAGCGACGCGAACUGCCAGGAAUCUCUCAUAUCAUCAGCAGAUGAGCUGUCUAAGCUCUCUGAACAAUUGAAGGGUGUAUGGAAGCCAGUGGUGCAAGCGCCGCAACUUCGACAAACCGGUGACCAACUGGAACAGAAUCUUCAAAUUGUUCAUACAAUUUUGGAUAAACUGAGAAAAGCAUGUCGAGAUACUGAUGAUGAAGUGGUAGCUCCUACCCACAUAAAUGUAGAACCUGCUAGAGAUAGUCUAAAAGAAGCAGAAAAGUAUUUCUUGGAAGACAAUUUCUUUGAGCUAUCGGCUCAUGAUUUAGAUAAACCUGGUGCCGUUAUAAAAUCUGUAAUGGAACAGAGAGAGCAAAUAUCACACAAAAUAGGAAACCUGAAUGAGUCCAUGGCAUUACUCCUACAAGCUAUGUUAGAUCUUAAAAAUCCAGAUAAUGUUAAAAAGGUUGAGCAACGUAUGGACGUCAUAUCAAAUACUACUCCAGAAAUUAUCAAAGAAAUGUUAGCACUCCAGAGAAACGUUGACGACGAAUCUCGCGAGAUACUAUUCGAGGAGGCAAAGGCUUUGUACACAGCUGCCCAGGCGGUGUGCGACAGUGUGGAGAAAUGUAACGUAAAGGAACUCAACAGUGUCGCUUCUCAAUAUUCUCAAACUUCGCGCAAGUUGCGCUACAUCAUCAGCCCUCGCUCUUAUCCAAAUAAAGAAAAGAAGAUACUAGAUAUGUCGCGAUCUGCCUGUGAAUGGACAUCGCUGAUGCUGUCCAGGGUGUCCCGUCUGGUGCAGAGGAUGGAGAGGGGGAGGGGGGACCAGCUCGACACGUGCGGCGCCAAGGUGGCCAACGCUGCUGAAGUGUUGCUGAAUAACGCUCAGAUAACAUCAUCUUCCAUUAACCAGAAGAACUGUCAAGCAGCCCUGGUGUCAUCAGCUAAUAUACUAACAGAGCAUACUCUAGAUCUCCAGGAGCACUGGAUGCCGAUAGCUCAACGCGCUGAGCAUAAAGAGAUUGGCGAUCAGCUGCGUAGAGAUGUGCGUUUGUUGCUCACUGAGCUACAUAAGCUGAAAACAACUUGCCAAGACGAUACAGAGGAAGUCGCAAUGGAAGUCCAACAACAAAAAUGCUUUAAUACUGAACCAAAGAAAUCACCUGAUGAAAAUAUUGAUAGAAUCCUUGAAGACAUACAAAAGAAUGUUAAAGAAGCAAACACGGCGGAACAAAACAAGGCUACAGAAAGACUCACCGUUGAAGAUAAUCCUUUAAGGACUUUAGCUUCGAAGAUACUGGCCUCUGUUCUAGAGAAAUCAGAUUCCGCACGGUUGAAAUCUAAACACAUUUCGCCAAACGAACAAAAUGAGCUCAUUUCAUUCUCAAAUGAACUGCAGGGUGCUAUCAAAUGCUUUGAUAUUACCAAUGCGAAAUGUCGCAAUGCACCUCUGGACUUAAAGAAACGUCAAGAUUUGGAAAACGCUAUCAUGAAUCUACAACAGAUAUGUCUGCUGUCACUACGCAAGAAUGAAGAUCACAACAACGUCGUCGAUUUAACGAACUAUAUCAACGACGUUACAAAAGGUGUUGAUGAUCUUAGUAAUACAGUAGAUGAAAUCAAAACAGAUCACGGAAAAGAAGCUCUAAUUGACAUUAAGAACAAAUGUGGAACUAUAAAAGACAAUGCAAGAAAAAUAUUGUAUUUAGAAGAAGAGCCUCUAGCUGAUGGAAAUAUCAUAGAUGAUAUGCUUAAAAUAGAUCAAUUUGCUAAGGAUUGUGAAAGUCAUGUGAAACACAUGAAUUUAGUUGUAUCUAAAAUAAAUGAUGAAAACGCAAGAAACACACUCAAUGACAAACUACAGUCUUUGGCUGAAUGUUGCGAUCUUUUAAGAUUUGCAACAAUGAGUAGUAUUUCGAGCGCAAAAAGUGCAACACUAGACGAAGGCCUGCAAAAUCUAGAAGACGUGGAAAAGAAGAUUGAUAUUAUAUUGAAACCCACUGAAGGACAGACUGAAGUAAAAGUUGAAAAAGCAGUAAACAUGCAAGCCAUGAACGCAGCACAGGCGGCCUUGGCUACAGUGGUAGCAGCUGAAAAAGAACACGAUCUACCUAAAGCAUUGAUAAAGUAUGCCGCUCAGAUGAAAGCAAUCGGCGCUGACAAACAGAAACUGAAGCUUAAAGAUCAUCUCAAAAGACUUCUGGAUCUGUUGCAACAACACGCGGCUGUGAUCUGCCGACGUGUGGCGACGUGGCAAGAUGCUAAUGGACCAGAAACUUCUGUUACGACAGAUAAAGUUUUAGAGGAAUGUAAAUCUUUCGCCAAAGAAGUUGAGCAAUCUCAAAAGCGAGUCUCGAAAUCUUCAACGCACGAACAAAUGUUACGAGAAAGUGAUAUAAAGAAUUUACUCUCUCCAAAUGACUAUACUGUAAAAGGCACUCAAAAAGAACUCAAUAAUAAACUAUAUCAGCAAAUUCAGAAAUUGAACUCUAUAUCAAGUACCAUAGCUCUCAGUUUACAUAAACCAGAGUCACUAACCCGGAGUCUACAUGCCACUUCCGAUGCUGCUCAACAUUUAGCAGCAAUAGCUAGAGGACUCAAGGGCGAGGAUCCUGUACAAAACAAGCGAAUAGAAGAAGCUGUACAAGAAACGAGCAUAGCCACUUAUAAUUUGUUGAAGACAUCAGAGGCGACUUGUCACUUAUCGAAUCCUACUAACUCUAGAAGAAGACUACUGGACACAUGUAGAUUGCUGAAUGAGGCUAUCAAUAAACUAGGUCGUGCGGCGUUUCCAUCAGAUAAGAUGAAGAACGAAUGCUGCGAGAUGAACAGAAACAUUCAGCUGCAACUGACGUUCCUACAAGCGGACAGCCCGACCUGCGCCCUCACAUAUACGGACUGCCUCGACGCCUUGAACAACCAGAGUGAUGUUAUACAAAAGCUUCGUGCAGAAGAGCCCAUUCCUCGCUCCGACAUGAGCACGUCGCUCCGCUACGUGACGUCCGCUGUGUGUAACAGCGCCGAGUUUGGCGCUCAAACUGCUUAUUUGCUUUCGCUAACGGAUGCCGAGCAAACCGUGGCUAAGCAACAUAUCAUAGAUCUAUCACGACUGCACUCCGUCACUGAGGCUAUGCAAAACGUAUGCUAUCAAGUUAUUUGUGCCGGUCCGGGCGAACAGGCUACAGAAUUAAAUAGUUCGUUGAUGAAGCAAACGCAACAGCUACAAGAAGCGAUAGACGAUGCAACUCAAAAAGUUAAAGACGACUUUAAACAUCCGCUGAUUGCUAAUUCUAAACAGUUGAAAAGAGCAUUACAAGUUUUACAAGAGGCAGUGCAUCUACCUACAGUCAAGGAAGAAGAUUUUACACUUAAAAUAAUGAAGCACAUAGACGCCAUAAAGGAAAUCGAUGCCAUAAUCAAAGAAGUGCCGCAAGCUAAGACCGAUAAAGACCCCAAAAAAACCAACAUGUCUACAGAAGUUAUUGAUCACACUAAGAGUCUCCUAACCAGCACGUCUAUGUUGGUGAAGAAGGCCAGCGUGUCGGAGCAGGCCAACAUUAGCUGGACGAUGUUCGGGAGCGGUGACGUCAUCAAGGCUUUCGAGGCGCUUGUCACUUGCAUCAAAGAAAAGGGAGCUGAAGCUGGUUUCAUAGAAUCGAUGAAAGUACAAGAGGAGCAAGCCGCGCCUAAGAGCUUCGUGCAUAAACAGGUGGAGUUAGUAAACUCCUGGCUCCGAAGACCAGCUGCGAAGGACAAGGACAAGGCAGCGGGAGUGAAGGCGGCGGAGCAUGUGGUCGGUCUGGCCGAGCAGAUGUGCGAAGAUCUGGCAGGCGCAGACAGGGAGGAGGUGAAGCAGACGAUAACCGAGACUAAGCAGCUGCUAGACGAUUGCACGACCAAGUACAACAGUGAUAAAGCAUAUUUGCUGUUGGAGCGUCUGAAGGAACUGCGCAAGAUGUUGGAGAAGGGAGUGGUCACCAGAGUGGUUGAAGACUUCCUCGUUGACAUCCCCCUGGACAACCUUCAAACUGUGCAACAAGAAACAGACGCGAGGAAGCGCAAGUUCCUGCUGGAGAAGAAGAUAGCCGAGCUGCUGGCACAGCUGGGCAGAGUGAAGAAGACUGCGACCUUGGUAGCUGACACCGGCCUCGCGCCUCGUCUGGAGCUGGCCACCACUACUGACCAGGCCCAACUGUUGGCGCCAGUGUUAGUCAAAGCGGCUCAAGACAGGAUUGAACAUUCCGACGACCAGGCCGCUAUAAAGCAUUACGAAGACCUCCUGCAGCAGUAUGCGGACUCCUUGUCCAGGGUCCGUGAGCUGUGCGACCAUGCCGUGGAUCCCAUAGAUUUUGCCCAGGCUGCAGGAGAAACCAUGCAUCGCAUCAAGGAAGAGUCCGCGAUUAGCAAGGAUCCACAGAAGAGUGUUUACACCUCUAGAGUUAUUUUGAAACUCGGCAACCGCGUGGUGAAGGCAGGCAUGAAGUCAUCUCUGGUACAAAACGACCCGGAGCUGCGGGACACCCUGGCCAAGAUAGACCACACCGUCACCACGAAGUAUGACGAUGUGAAGAAGGCUGACUGGGGUGACGUCAUGGCUGAGAUAAUGAAGAAGACCAGCGAGGUAGAGUCAGCACUGGGAGGGGAGAACAUAUUCCUCAAACAAGUGGAGACGAAUCAACCUAUUUUCGCGGCUGCUCUUGACCUACACGCAGCGGUGCGCGAGUGGUCGGCGCGCGACAAUGAGAUCGUUGCUGUCGCUAAACGGAUGGCGGUGUCGAUGGCGCGGCUCUCAGACUAUAUGAACACCGAAAAUAAACGGGAGCUGCUCCACACGUCGAAGGUGAUCGUGUCCCAGUCGCGGGAGGUGGCGGCGCUGGCCAAGAAACUGGCGCUCGAGUGUACGGAUAUGAGGAUCAGGACUAACCUCUUACAAGUGUGUGAACAAAUACCAACCAUCAGCGGCCAGCUGAAGAUGUUGACAACUGUCAAAGGCUCGUCGUUUGGACAAGGCACCAAAGAAGACCAGGAAGCUAUGAACACACUGGUGGGGAACGCGCAGAACCUCAUGACGAGUAUUCAAGAAGUGGUGAAAGCAGCUGCCAGCGCGUCGGUGAAGAUCAUGUCACAGAAAGGUUGCAGGAUGAAGUGGGUCAGAAGGAAAUAUUACUGAUGAUUAUAUAGAUCAAUAACUUUCUAGACAAUUGUAAUUUUAUAAAUAAAUGAAAUAUUGUAAUUAAGGAGACAAAAAGUAAUUUUGCAAAAAAUACUUAUUUAGAAUGGGGAUGAUGACUAGGUUUGAAUAUAUUGAUUUUUAUGAUACAUUCGGGUAAAUAGGGUCAUUGUUAACUGAUUUAUAUAUAAAAAGCAAAAAUAUUUGCAAAAUAAAUGAGAUUAUAAAAUUUCAAAAUCUAUUAAAAAUCUUUUAUCGUAAUUAGAUGAAAAUUCAUACACUUUUAGCUUCUUUACAUUAAAUGUGACAUUUUUAAUAUAUGAACUAUAAACAUAAACGCACAAAUAACAAAGAUAUUAUUAAUUUUGUUUGAACGCUCAUACAAAUGUACCGAUCAUUACAUUACCUACGACGUCAUUAGUUUGUGCCAUUUUGUAUAUUUUUCAGGGAUCCGCGGCAGCGCCGCAAAUCUGACCCUUUAAAUCCCUGUAGCUCCGAAAGUAAUGAUCGCAGAUACCCUGUUACUUUUGCAAAAUUGCUUUACAAUUAGCGUACUCUUAAUUUAUAUACAAUUUAAAAAACUGUCAAUGUCAUCAUCCCUAUUGCUGAUACUUAAAUAGGUAAAUUAAAAAAUUCAUUUUUUUCAAUUAGACUCACUUUACAAGCACUUAUGAAAGGUCAGGAUUAUGUCAUAAUUUAAUUUAAUCUUAUGGUGGUAAUAAUAGUCGAAAACUUAAAAUUUAAGUAACUAGGGUUCCAAACGCGCCUUGGUCCGAGAAGAGCCCACAACAAACUCAGCCAAGGAUUAUUAUUUUUUGUUUACCACCAUUAUACAAACUUAUUUAAAACUAAGCACACAGUCGUAUAAUACAGUUUAACACCAAGGGUUUUUAUCAUUUAAAUAAUCAUUAACACAGACUCCUAAAAAGUAUAAUCGGCGUUAAAAAAAUACCAUGUACUAAAUUGUGAUGUCCACCAACUUUAACAAUGAAUAUCUCCGGAACUUUUAUUAAUUUAUUCAGGGUGCUCGGGAGUAAUUCCCAUAACUUCAAGGUGUUGACGAGUCUACUUACGGGAGCCGAACUACAAUAAGUAAUAUUUUUUUUAACUAAAAAAUUAAAACUCUUUAUGUUUCAUACAAAGUUUUUCAAAUAAUUCCGGCUGACUAUGAAACACAUUUAUAACAACACGUUUAUCUAUCCUUGCAUUUUAAAUACCGUCAAACUUGGCUUUAUAAGGAUGCGUUUAAGGGAGACAUUUUAGGAUCUAUUCACAAAAGAAAUAUUAUUUACCCGAAAAUAUUAAUUUUAAAACACCAUGUUCCUUGAACAUUAUUAAUUAAUUUUCGAUAAAGAAUAUAACCCCAGAGUAAUGGUAAAUACUCCCGAGCACCCUGUAUAUCAUAUUAGCAAACGCCCCGCUGUAUCACCCGUGUAUAAUUCCCGUUCCCGCUAGCCCGGUAAAAUAUAGUGUAUGACCAGUGGCGUGCAUAAGGUUGUCGAUCAGGGUAUGCACUAGUAAUAAAAUUAAGCAAACUGGAAAAAUCAAUAUUUAAUAAGCACUAAGAAGACAACUCUUUGGGUAUGCAGUACUUUAAUGCACGUAUGAAGUGCACGCCACUCCCUAUGACACACACAAAUGACAAGGUUUUCUAAAAAAAGUAAAAAAAAUAAUUCAAAAUCGAUUUAGUAGAUCCGCAGAUUACCCUCCUCCAGCCUCGCAUACAAACUUUACCUCUUUACAAUGUUAGUAUAAAUGGGUAAUUAUAUUUUCAAUGGUGCAUUUGAACUAUAAGUAACUUGCGAUGUCUACUUUAUGACAAGAGAUCUAGUUAGAAAUGUCUAAAUUUUGAAUAUUUCCAAAGCUUUGAUUUAGAUGACCUUCAUUCAUUCUAAAAGAAAUUGAUUUUUGAAAUUGUUUGUAAAUUACGUUUAAAUUUCCAGUUAUUCAUCACCUAUCUAUAAGGAUAAAUAAAAGAUGUAAUUUUGUAAUAUUUUUAAUAAAAUCUUUAUUACAAACCUUAAUAUUAAUAAA